UGCAAAGUGGGGCUGUGAAGAUCCAGCAGGACUAUGAGUUUUUUACUAUGCUCAGUCACUUUUUCUCCUCCUUUAGAUCUGUAUAUAUGUUUUUUUGGGUAUGGCUUAGUGUAAUCUGUGUUAGCCACACCAGGCUCCAGGGAGCUGCAAGAAUCGGUUGCCUAGCAGAGGUUGCUCUUGAAGAGCUGAACAGAAUUGUACUGGAAACCUUAGGGAGGCUCUCAUCCCUCCCUGAUUGCUUUUGAGAGGGAUUUGCCUAUUGGAGGUGGUCCCUGGUGCAGGUACUGUUUGCAUGUGUGUACACAGUUCAUGCAUCACAGGUAUUUGACAGAGUGUGUGAGAGAGGAACAUUCUUGCUGAAUAAACAGGUGCAGACGGUGCCUGGAGGGCAGCACUGACUGUCUGGCCUCAGCAACAGCAGUGAGAGGAGGUGAGCAUGAGUAGCCCCACCACAAAGCCGACCUGCCUGUCACAGCCGAUGGUGAAGAGUGUGCUGGUGUAUCGCAACGGGGACCCGUUCUUCCCAGGGCACCGGGUAGUCAUCCAUGAGAAGAAGGUGUCCAACUUCGAGGUCUUCCUGAAAGAGGUGACAGGUGGGGUGAAGGCGCCUUUUGGGGCUGUGCGUAGCAUCUACACACCCCGGGGUGGGCAUCGCGUCCAUCAGCUGGAGGAGCUCCAGAGUGGAGAGCACUACGUGGCUGGUGGCAGGGAGGCCUUCAAGAAACUCAACUAUUUGGACAUAGGAGAGGCAAAGAAAAAGCCUGCAGAAGUCAAUAAUGAGGUGAAACCAGUUACCCACAGUAAAAUCAAUGUGUCAGCACGGUUUCGAAAACCACUUCAAGAGCCAUGCACUAUUUUUCUGAUUGCUAAUGGAGAUCUUAUAAAUCCAGCAGUGCGCCUCUUCAUCCCUAGAAAAACACUAAAUCAAUGGGAUCAUGUUCUUGAAAUGGUGACAGAAAAAGUAACCCUCCGAAGUGGAGCUGUGCACAGGCUUUAUACUUUAGAUGGAAAACUUGUUCAGAGUGGGUCAGAUCUGGAGAAUGGGCAGUUCUAUGUUGCAGUGGGCAGAGACAAGUUUAAGAAGUUGCCUUAUGGUGAUCUACUGUUUAGCAAGUCUACAAUAAGAAGACCUCAGGGUUCCAAAGCCUCUUCACUGCCUCCUGUUGUGGGAUCCCGAAAAUCUAAAGGGAGU